CCAUUAUAGUUUGCUUAUUCCUAAAAUGUCGAUGUUCACUCUUUCCAUUCAUUCUCCAGGGGAUCUUGCCAACCUAAGGACUGAACCCAGGUCUCCUGCAUUGCAGGCUGAUGCUUUAUUCUGAACUGAGCCCCCAAGCACUUAGUGAGAGAUUAGGGUUAACUGUGUCUACUGUCCUUUUUGGCAUCACAAGGUCUCUGUUGAUAUUCUACAUCUUUGUUAAUUCUUCACAAACUUUGCACAACAAAAUAUUGGAGUCCAUUUUGAGAGCUCCCAUAUUGUUCUUCAAUAGCAAUCCAAUAGGAAGAAUUUUAAAUCGUUUCUCCAAAGACAUUGGGCAUAUGGAUGACUUGCUGCCUUUGAUAUUUCAAGAUUUUCUCCAGGCUUUUUUACUUGUGAUUGGUGUAGUAGGCGUGAUGGUGGCAGUGAUUCCUUGGAUUGCAAUACCCGUGAUUCCCCUUGGCAUCGCUUUCUUUUUUCUCCAGCGAUAUUUCUCAGAGACGUCACGAGAUAUUAAACGCCUGGAAUGUGCAACACGGAGCCCGGUAUUUUCCCACUUAGCAUCUUCUCUCCAGGGAGUCUGGACCAUCCGGGCAUACAAAGCUGAACAGAGUUUUCAGGAACUGUUCGAUGCACACCAGGACUUGCAUUCAGAGGCAUGGUUCCUGCUUUUGACGACGUCCCAUUGGCUUGCUGUGUAUCUAGAUGUCAUCUGUGCCAUCUUCGUCACUGUUGUUGCCUUUGUGUCCCUAAUUCUUGCAGAUGCUUUGACUCCCGGGCAGGUUGGCCUGGUCCUGUCUCUUGCCCUCACACUCACGGGGAUGUUCCAGUGGUGCGUCAGGCAAAGCGCCGAAGUUGAGAACAUGAUGAUUUCAGUAGAAAGAGUGACGGGAUAUUUAGACCUUGAGAAAGAAGCUCCCUGGGAGUACAAGGAUCGUCCCCCACCACCCUGGACUAAUGAAGGAAGGAUUUGGUUUCACACUGUUUACUUCAGGCACACCUUAGAUGGGCCUCUGGUAUUGAAGAACCUGACUGCAGUCAUUGAAUCAAGAAAAAAGGUUGGCAUUGUGGGAAGAACAGGAGCUGGAAAAAGUUCUAUUUUUUCUGCAGUUUUUCGAUUGUCAGAACCCGAAGGCGUACUUUGGGUUGAUCGUUGUCCGAUAGGAGAUGCUGGACUUCACAAUUUAAGGAAGAAAAUGUCAAUCAUAUUACAGGAACCUGUUUUAUUCACGGGAACAAUGAGGAAAAAUCUGGAUCCUUUUAAUGAACAUACAGAUAAGGAACUGUGGAAUGCCUUAGAAGAGGUACAACUUAAAGAAACCAUCGAAGGUCUUCCUGGUAAAAUGGAUGCUGCCUUAGCAGAAACAGGAUCAAAUUUGAGUGUUGGACAGAGACAACUGGUGUGUCUUGCCAGAGUUAUUCUCAAGACAAAUCAGAUAUUGAUUAUUGACAAAGCCACAUCGAAUGUGGAUCCAAGAACUGAUGAAUUAAUAAAAAAAGCAAUCCAUGAGAAAUUUGCCCAGUGCACUGUGAUAACCAUCACACACAGAUUGAGCACCAUUAUUGACAGUGACAAGAUAAUGGUUUUGGAUUCAGGGACAGUGAAAGAAUACAGUCCACCACAUGAUUUGCUGCAAAACAGUGAGAGCCUAUUUUACAAGAUGGUGCAACAACUGGGUGAGGCUGAGGCCGCUGCUCUUACUGAAAGAGCAAAACAGGUGAGCCUGCUGCAGGGAGUUGUAAUUGAGGUUUGUCUCCAGGGUUCACACUCUUCACCUGAUCUCCAACAGGCAUCUGGUAACAAGCACUCUGUGCCCUUUUCAAUCAGAAGCCUGUGGAGACUAAGCAUCAUGACUGAGUCUUAAUAAUACUUUGCAGGCUGAAGGCAGGUCUGCUGAGAAUCUGCAGCAGUGCUGGGGGUGGG